AGAUCCCACCCCUUCCUGAAGGAAGCGCCCUCCCCGCCGCGAUUGCUGCCGCCGCCGCCACCGCAGCAGGUCACAGCCCCUCGAGGCGACAGCAGCCCCGCGGCACCAGAGCAGUGGUACAGGCAUGGAUGGGAAGAAAUGCAGUGUAUGGAUGUUCCUACCUCUUGUAUUUACUUUGUUUACUUCAGCUGGAUUGUGGAUAGUAUACUUCAUAGCUGUGGAAGAUGACAAAAUUUUACCAUUAAAUUCAGCUGAAAGGAAACCUGGUGUGAAGCAUGCACCGUAUAUAAGCAUUGCAGGUGAUGAUCCUCCUGCAAGCUGUGUGUUUAGUCAAGUUAUGAACAUGGCAGCCUUCCUAGCCCUUGUGGUAGCUGUUCUGCGCUUCAUACAACUGAAACCGAAGGUUUUAAACCCGUGGCUGAAUAUUAGUGGAUUGGUGGCUCUGUGUCUGGCUUCCUUCGGAAUGACCUUACUUGGUAAUUUUCAGCUCACGAAUGAUGAAGAAAUCCAUAACGUCGGAACUUCCUUGACCUUUGGAUUUGGCACAUUGACCUGCUGGAUCCAGGCUGCGCUGACACUCAAGGUCAACAUCAAGAAUGAAGGACGGAGAGUUGGAAUUCCACGGGUUAUUCUGUCAGCAUCUAUCACUCUCUGUGUGGUCCUCUACUUCAUCCUCAUGGCCCAGAGCAUCCACAUGUACGCAGCCAGGGUCCAGUGGGGCCUGGUCAUGUGCUUCCUGUCUUAUUUUGGCACCUUUGCCGUGGAGUUCCGGCAUUACCGCUAUGAGAUUGUUUGCUCUGAGUACCAGGAGAAUUUCCUAAGCUUCUCAGAAAGCCUGUCAGAAGCUUCUGAAUAUCAGACUGACCAGGUGUAACCCAUCAGUUUUUCCUUGCUGGUGAGGUGGGUGUGACAGUGGGGGAGGGGCCAGUAGGACACACUCACGGGACUUGACACAGAACCUCAUUUCUCUCUCUCUCUCUCACACACACACACACACACACACACACACACACACACACACAAUCAUGGCCACAUUUGCCAAAUGAGCUUUUCAGGGCGAGUUAUUUCUUUAAUGAAAAAGCACAAGCCCUUAUGUGUUGAAAUACAUGUUGUUACACUGAAAAUAUAUGCACGACAGAGCAAGAAGCUAGUGCAUGAUCACUUAUCCAUCCCCUUCCCAGCACUUCCUCCUCUUCCCAUUCUCUCCACAUGUCUCAAGCACCCUACCGAGUAGGGCAGGCCAAAUGUUCCUUGGGAGUGAUGCCAACUCCCGACGUUGCCUUCAGCUCCAAAGGGCUUGGAACCAGCUCGUGAGAAAGUUCUGAAUCUGGAGCUAAUAUUCUUGAAUGGAUAAUAGUGUAUCAUCGAAUAGGAUGGAAAUUGUAUUGAGAUGUGACCCUGUGUCGCCUGUGGAAAGGCAUGGUGAGGAGAACUUUCCCACGAAAGCCCCCUUCAUCGUUGUUCAGUGGUCGGCUGCAUGGAUCCCAGGAGAGACAUAUGCCACAGACUAUGAGAGCAAAGCUCACCAUCGUGAUCUGGACUUGAUGCACUGUGACUGAGAAUGAUUUCCAAAUGUGAAUAUGUGUAGGGACCUGGUCUGCCAGGCCUGGAACAAGAUGGGGGCAGUGAAGGUAUGGUUUAGUGUUUGCUUUCAUAGUAGGCCAUGUACAAUGUUUUAUAUUUCAUAGUUUAUUUUUCUUUUAAGUAACUACCAUGAGUCUCUCUAAGCCUCAUGGACAAAGAUGUAGACCAAAUGCAAGAGCUGAGCUUGCUUUGGGUUCAACCAUGAUCAAAGAAAAACUGAGGUCACCUGCAGGCUUACAUUAGUAGCUAAGAAAAUAUCACAGAAAAAUGGAAAGAAAAUGGAUGUGCAGAGGUAAUAAAAAGAGCUGCUGCUGGACAUUUAUCAAA